AUGGAAGGUCCCAAAGCCACUAAACCAGAGCAUUCCAAGCGGAAGAGCGGUUCCCAAGAUGAGAAUUCCACAACCAAUACCCUGGCCCCAGGCGACCAAUCUGUAAUUUCAGACUGUCAAGACCUGAGAGAGCAGCAAAAAUACUUCAUUUCUGCUUCUAGUGCGUAUAGUUCGCCACAACUCGCGCCCCAGCCAGAGUACAGUAACGUGGCCGAUUUGAGAGCCUCUCAGAUAGCAACUGAUUCUGAUCGCCUCAACCUAUUUCAAUCCGGACUCCAACAGCUUCAGGAGACACUCGAUACUCCAAUGUCACGAUGGAAUUAUGAAGCGGAUCCGAGUCAGGAGAUUGCUCGCCACUAUGCACCACUCAGUCGUCCUGAUUCCUCUAUUGAAGAAACUGUUCUUGAGGAUAGGUCUGACAAAACGGAAAACAAUAUGCAGGGCUCAUCCCCAAUUAAUAAACCAAAUUUCGAUAAGCAAGCGGCCUUUUCGGAGAGGCCAAUUGGGGAGCAUGGGGGGGGCGCCUAUGCUGGAGGCGACCACAGCCCCAGCUGCGAGUAUCUCUACGACAAAUAUUUCGUCAAAUAUUUCGUCUGUCGUGGUCGGCUCAUUUCCGAAGACUUGUCAUCGUUCGCAUCGCAAGUCCCGCCAGCACUAUGGAAAGAUGAGCUAGGACGUUUACGGGUUUGGGCUGCAAAUAUUGGGGCGCACCAGACUGGUCAAUCGUCACUAGAUCAUCGAUUACGAGACGCAUCGCACAUUAAAGAGCAGACACUUCGCGUCCUUCGGCGGCUGCAACAGACCACCGAAGAUAUCAAUGAUGUUUUGCAUCAUUCACCCGAAGAUAACGACUUCUCGGAUCUAAGCGAGGAUGAAGAUGAUGACGAGCAUCAAACCGAGAUACAGUCUAUAUAUCAUGCUCUGCGAGAUACCGUCAACAACCUUUUCCAGUUGUCAAUGGUCAUCCGGAAGCCAGCCCAACACGAUCGACUUCUUGGCACCAAAAGAUCAGAUGCAGUCUUCUACGAACCUUUUGACCGGCUACAUGUCGUAGCAAAAUACCCACAAGCGGAUGAAGAUAUACUGAACCGUCUUGGGCCGGCAAUAUCACAACGUCGAGCCGUUAUGCGGUAUCGUGAGCGUCAUCGCACUAAACUCGCUCAGGGUCUCAAUCGGGUUAUUUUGGAUCAGGCAGACGGGCAAUCAGCCAUUCUAUCAGACACUGUCGCGACUAAGUUCGUGCAAGAUUUACCGGCGGCAAAGAAUGAUUUAGAACUGCUGACUGUCGCCUCUCAAACUUCGUAUGCUCAAACUAUAUUGAACGGGGCAAAAGGGACUGUUCUCCCGCCUCCUCCGAAAGAUUCGGCUGAUGGAGCCCCCUUUGAAUGUCCCUAUUGUUUUGUAAUUAUCACCAUCACAAACCGAAGGGCCUGGGCUCGUCAUGUCUCUAAUGACUUGAUGCCAUAUCUGUGUAUCUUCCCUAGCUGCCCGACACCCCAUCGACUGUAUGAAAGCCGCCGGGCUUGGUUUUCUCAUUUGCAGAGCCAGCAUUCCAUAUCUGAAACCCCGAGGAUACAUGUGGACUGUACACUUUGCCUAUCUUCGGUUCCGUCUGGGAAGCAGCUUGAAAGACACGUGGGCCGACAUCUGGAAGAGCUGUCGCUCUUUGCGUUACCGCGGUCCGAAGAAGAAGACGACAAUAUAGCUGCAUAUUCUUCUGAUGAGGAUUCUGUCUUCCCCGACCUACGAGCUCAUAUCGUGACGCACACCCAAACCGAGCGCCCAGAAAAGUGCCCCGUCGUAACAUGCGAGUACCACACCAAGGGGUUCGUUCGCGCAUACGAUAGGAAGCGCCACGUCCUGAUUCACUACAAGGGCAUCAUGGUGUGUGACCUUUGCUUAGGCUCUGGAAAACCAAAAGAAAGGAGCUUCUAUCGGGCCGAUGUGUUCAAACGUCACCUUGUGUCUGUCCAUGGGGUGGAGCAGAUGCUACCAAAUCAGCGUAAUCACAAGCAGACUUCUUCCAUCAAGAUAGGCAUGAAUCACACCAGUAACUCCACUGGAAAUUGCUCUAUCUGCAGUGAAGUCUUCAAGGAUGCCCAGGACUUCUACGAGCACAUUGACAAUUGUGUAAUGCUCAAGGUGAUGCAAGAAAAUUCCCCCGAGGCUGCCAAUCACACCCACCUCGCUGGGGUGGACGAUGAUGGAGAAAUGAUUGAUCGUGGCCGCCACUCUAGCACUACUGUUCUUGGAAAUUAUGAGGAUCAGCCUUACCCGCGCAAAGGGAAGACCUGUAUUCCUCGUCACCUUACUCAUAUCCACGCCCUCGUGGAUUUAGGGUAUGCGUUUAAGGAAGAGAAAAACCUGAUCGUCAUUCAAAGCGCAUUAUCGAAGGCCCCGAUCGACGAAGUACUUAGCUUAAGCCGCGAUUUUAGGCGGUCUUCACCCGUGGAAAGCGUGGAAGACCCCGUCGACCAACCGGACUAUAACUACUCCCCCACUGACCAUGAUUCGAGUUCAGAACUAUCCGGAGAUAAAUAUGCGGCAAAGAAAGAAACAAGGCCUCAAGGGAGUCAAGGCAUAUUAGAACUAGAGCCGGACCUUCAGUCUGCGAAGGAGGAUAACUUGCCUGGGAAGAUUAAUCUCGAGGUGCAUGAGCCAGCAAUCGGCACCUACGAUACACCCAACUUUUGGCGCCACUCGUCAAAAGAUCACUCGUCACAAAUUAGGGAGGAUGCUUUCAGUUAUACCCCGGACUAUCUUGUGGACGUGGGGUCCACAAAGCCAAUGCACUGGGACCGCCGAUGGGACGCUGAUGAGAAUGAACACGAUGGGAGUGAACACUAUGGGAGUGAAUCUGAUGAGAGUGAACCCGAUGUUAUCGCUCUUAUUCACUGUGGAGCCAUAUAUCCGCUUCUCUUCCGCGCACAUAUCAAUGACGGUGUGCUCACUGUUCGCGACCUGCGGCUGGAAGCUGCAAGGAAAGUUGGAAGCCCUUUUCCCAACCUUAUUAGGUUAAUGUAUAAGGAAAAUCUUCUAAAAGAUGACAAACAAACGUGCAAAGCAGAGGGGCUCCGGCAUUACUCACAAGUGCUAUGUGUCGUCUCCGAAAUAGGUACUGAUACACUGAGCGACUCUUCCGACUAUGAAAGCGGCGGUCCGCCUCAGGCCCAUUCCAAAAUUGAUGUCAAUCAGAGGAACAAGCAGACUAUACAUAGUUCUCCUCUUCGUGAUGAAACCGAAACUGCAUAA